CAGCCCCAUAUCCCCCAGUCCUAGCCCCAUAUCCCCCAGUCCUAGCCCCAGCCCGCUUAACCCUGUGUCAGAGUAUUUUGCUUGAACUAUCCCCUGUCUAAGUCCUAGCCCCAGCUCCAAACCCGUGCACCUUUUCCUCUAGAUCCUUCUCCUUCCUUUCCUCACACCAGCCCCCUUGCCCAUUCAAAUCACCCACUUCCAGACCUAGCACCAGCCCCACUCCCAACCCUGUUCCCCCAGCUGCACACUUUAUCCGCCAGCCCAACGCUCUAUCCCCUACCCCUCUCUCCUGGCCCACCACCAUCUAUCUCCAGCCCACGUCCAGCCUCCGUACCAUGCUGGGGAGAAACAUGUCCCAGAAGCUGAGUGGGCUGCUGAUAAUCUUGGGGCUGGCGUGGGGGCUCAUGUUGCUGCGCUACACCGUGCAGCAGCCGCGCCACAAGAGCAGUGGCGAGCUACGCCAACAGAUCCUGGAGCUGAGCCGGCGAUAUGUCAAGGUGCUCAACGAGGAGAACCAGAACACACUGGGAGGACCGCAGGGCCCCUCCAUGGCCGGUUAUGCUGAUCUGAAGAGGACCAUAGCAGUGUUGCUGGACGACAUCCUGACGCGCCUGGUCAAGCUGGAGGGGAAGAUGGAGCUAGUCGCCAACACUUCAGCCACUAACUCCUCCCAUCCUGCAGCAGGCUCCCUGGCCUCAGCUCCAGUUGCCUUACACAAGCAGGACACGCCAGGCAACCACCGCCUGGAAACACCUCGCCUCCCUCCACAAACACCCAACAGACCUCGCCCAGGGGUAUAGUAGUGUGGGUAGUGAUUGAGGCCUUGUUCAAGUAAAAAGUGCAUCCUUUCUUCUUUAGGUAGUCACUGAUCUAAUAAGGAUGGUCAGGUGGUAACUUUCCUUUCGCUUAUCCAUUCAUUUACAGAUCAGUGAUUAGCUCAUGGGAGGAAGAAAAGAGUGAGGAUGUAUUCUAGAUAAUUUAAAACUAACUUAACCCUGAGAAAGGACUGACUGCCUGUACCUUUCCAAUAACUACUUGGUUGAUUGACAUUUUUUUACAUAGACAUUUGAGCAUCUUUUUUAAUACUCUCAGUCAUGGACUCUUAGGCAUACAUUUUAGAUUCCCUAAUUGUUUUUUCAUGAAAGGGUCUACAAACUGCGGCUGUCUUUGAGGAUGUCUGUGGGCAGCAACAAAGCAUCAACAACAGUAGAGGAAAUGAACAAAUGUUUGUACUCUGUGGAGUCUUCAAGGACGCUGAUGACGAAUAUGAAUGGCACAGCCACCCUGAUAUUUUAUCCCUUGGACAGACCGACUACGAAUUUGCUGCUUCUUUAAAUCUCAUCCAUAUCAGAAGUUGCUCAACUAAACAAUGCACUCAUGGUAGUUUUGGAAAUUAUGUAUUUGAGUUUGCAGAAGCUCCUGGUGUUAAUAUGUAGAUUUGAAGAGUCCCUUUUUAGCUGUUUUAUAUAUAUAUAUGAUAUAAAAAACUAUUUAGCUGUUGUACAGUAUACUUUUUUUUUAAAGGAUAAAAGUGAUAAUCCAAAGAAUUUUAUUUGCACUCUCCUUGAAGGCUUCAAAAAUGUAUUUUUACUUUGAUUUUAGAUGGUGUAUAACAAGUUGAAUGUAACUGUCAAUAAGCAGAUGAUUACCAAGUGGUUACAAUUGAUCAAUUCCAACUUCAUCUCUAUCCUCUUUGUCAGUACCCAGACUGUUAGUCCUUGUUGAUUCCCCUUGCAGAUACGAAUGGUUAGGGCCAGGACUUUUUCCUGACUGACCAGUAAAACAUCUUAUCCCAAUCAAUGUACAACCUGUUUUGUUGUCUCAGUUUGAUGAAGUUGCUUGUCUAUUUCUUCCACAUAUCAGUCUGAGCUCACAUUACACAGCGAUUGUUGGGGGAUGACCUAAAAAUAGUGGGCUAACCCAAUGUUUAUACUUUUAACUUAUGGGACUGCCUGUCUAUGGAACACCCUAACCCCCUUUACUACAAACCAUUGGCUGCAUCCUGAUUCUCCACCCUUACAGAAAUGUACACUUAAACAUGAUCUUUCAAAUCAAAGUUUAUUUGUCACAUGCCCCAAAUACAACCGGUAUAGGACCUUACUGUGAAAUGCUUACUAUCAAGCCCUUAACCAACAAUGCCGAUUUUCUUUUUAAGUAAGAAAAUAUUUAAACAAAAUAAUGUAACACAAGAACAAUAAAGAGGCUAUACAGGGGGUACUGGUGAAUGUGCGGGGGUUCAGGUUAGUUGAGGUAAAAUGUACAUGUAGGUAGGGGUAAAGUGACUGCAUAGAUAAAACAGUGAGUAGCAGCAGCAUAAAAAAGGGGGUCAAUGCAAAUAGUCCGGUUUAGCAGUCUAAUGGCUUGGGGUUAGAAGCUGUUAAGGAGCCUUUUGGACUGAGACUUGGUGCGCCGGUACUGCUUGCCGUUGGUAGCAGAGAGAACAGUCUACGACUAGGGUGGCUGGAGUCUUUGACAAUUUUUAGGGCCUUCCUCUGACACCGCCUGGUAUAGAGGUCCUGGAUGGCAGGAAGCUUGGCCCCAGUGAUGUACUGGGCCAUACGCAAUACACUCUGUAGCGCCUUAUGAUCGGAAUGCCAUACCAAGCAGUUGCCAUACUAAGUGGUGAUUCCGGUCUCGAUGGUGCAGCUGUAGAACUUUUUGAGGAUCUGAGGACCCAUGCCAAAUCUUUUCAGUCUCCUGAGGGGGAAUAGGUAUUGUCGCGCCCUCUUCACGACUGUCUUGGUGUGUUUGGACCAUGAUAGUUUCUUAGUGAUGUGGACGCCAAGGAACUUGAAGCUCGCAACCCGCUCCACUACAACCCUGUCGAUAUGAAUGGGGGCGUUCUCGGCCCCCCUUUUCCUGUGGCGCACGAUCAGCUCUUUUGCCUUGCUCACGGUGAGAAAGAGGUUGUUGUCCUAGCACCAGACUGCCAGGUCUCUGACCUCCUCCCUGUAGGCUGUCACAUUGGUGAUCAGGCAUACCACCGUUGUGUGUCGUCCAUCAAACUUAAUGAUGGUGUUGAAGUCGUGCGUGUUAACGCAGUAGUGGGUGAAUACGGAGUACAGGAGGGGACUAAGCACGCACCCCCGAGGGGCCCCCGUGUUGAGGGUCAACGUGGCAGAUGUGUUGUUGCCUACCCUUACCAGCAUGCAUUUAAAGCAUUUGAUUGGUUUAAGCAUUGGCUGGAGGGUGUUUCCAUCAUUUGAUAAACCUAGAAUCCUUAAUUGAAACAACAAGCUGUCUGCUCCUGUUUUAGUAACAACGCUAAAGGAUGGGCCAGGUGAAAUGUAACCACUCUCAAAUUCAUAGACUGAGGUAUGGAUGCAAGGACUGACCAUACAUGAUAUCAAAAGUAUAGUAUGAACCAUGUUUUGAGGCUAUACAUGUUUGUUUACAAACAUUGGAGUAAAACAAGCUAAUAUUAUGGAUUCUGAUAGGGUACGACAGUUGACCUAAACUCAUGAGUAAUUUAUAAGUUAUAUUAUUCAAGAAUCAAUGGCUAUAUAUCAUUAAUUUAUAAGUCCAAAAAUGAAUGUAGCAACUAAGGAUUCAAGAUUUAAAUGAAUGUCUAAGUGUUAAGGCUCAUGACCUCUUGCCACUCACAUCAAGUUUCUCAACUCUGCUCACUCGCACCCUUGAAUAUUUAAGCAGAAGUUUCUCCCUCCAGUCUUGAUUAUUCCUGUUGGUGAAUGCAUGGGGCGGGCAAUUUAUGUUUUCCUUUCCAUGUUGUGUGUGACUGACUUUCCAUUAUUGUCUAUAAAUGUUGGUUUUAAGAUC